AGGUAUAGGACGCAAAUGACACGGUACCGUAUACAAAGUGAUAGAAAAGUUGCCAUCUGCAGCGUCCAUCCAUCUGAGCAAGCUACGUUGCAGUGCCUUGGAUGUGUGAAGGCCAAAAUCCCUGUUGCGAAGAGUUACCAUUGCUCGCCAAAAUGUUUUUCAGAUGCAUGGCAGCAUCAUCGUGUUCUGCAUGAACGUGCUGCUAGUGCUGUGAAUGAAAACGGAAAUGAGGAGGAAGAAAUAUUUGGGCGAUUCAAUAGUACAGGAUCUGGUGUUAAUACGAGCUUGACUUCUUUGCAAUCUAGCGGUAGCUUGACAAAUGGAACCACACCUUUAUACCCUGUGGCAGUAACUCAAAGAAAUGGUGGUGAAACCUGGUUUGAAGUUGGACGCUCUAAAACAUACACCCCAUCUGCAGAUGAUAUUGGUCACGUCCUUAAAUUUGAAUGUGCUGUCAUUGAUGCAGAAACAAAAUUACCUGUUGGACAUGCUAGUACUGUUUUAACAUCUCGAGUGAUUCCAGCUCCAUCUCCUACUCCACGUCGCUUGAUUUCAGUUAGUGGAGUUGAUAUACCAGUGCAUCUGGACUUAGAUAGCUGUUUAUCAUCUUCAGGAACUUUUACUGUGCUCUCAUACAACAUUCUGUCUGAUGCAUAUGCAACAAAUGAAUUGUACAGUUAUUGCCCCUCUUGGGCUCUUUCUUGGACUUACCGGAGACAAAAUCUAUUGCGUGAAAUAGUUGGCUACCGUGCAGACAUUGUUUGCCUUCAAGAGGUUCAGAGUGAUCACUUUGAGGAAUUCUUUGCACCUGAGCUGGAUAAACAUGGUUAUCAAGCUUUGUUCAAAAGAAAAACAGCUGAGGUGUUCAGUGGGAAUAUCAAUACUGUUGAUGGUUGUGCCACAUUUUUCCGCCGAGAUAGAUUCGCACAUGUUAAAAAAUAUGAGGUUGAGUUCAAUAAAGCUGCUCAAUCUUUGACUGAAGCCUUAGUUCCUAGUGCCCAAAAGAAGACCGCACUAAGUCGUUUGGUUAAGGAUGACAUUGCACUUAUUGUGGUUCUGGAAGCCAAGUUCAAUAACCAGGGGGUUGACAACCCUGGGAAGCGUCAACUUGUUUGUGUGGCUAACACACAUGUUAAUGUUCAUCAAGAGUUAAAGGAUGUUAAACUUUGGCAGGUUCACACACUUUUGAAAGGACUAGAGAAAAUUGCUGCUAGCGCUGAAAUUCCAAUGCUGGUCUGUGGUGAUUUUAAUUCAGUUCCUGGAAGUGCUCCUCACGCACUUCUUGCAAUGGGGAAAGUUGAUCCAAUGCAUCCAGAUCUAGCAGUGGACCCUCUUAGUAUUUUGCGUCCAGCCACAAAGUUAAUGCAUCAGCUGCCAUUGGUAAGUGCUUACUCAUCCUUUGCCCGAAUGCCUGCGGUCCGUGGACUAGAGAAACAACGAAGGAGGAUGGAUCCUAGUACCAAUGAACCCUUGUUUACAAACUGCACCAGAGAUUUUAUUGGGACUCGUGAUUAUAUAUUCUACUCUGCCGACUCUUUAACUGUUGAAUCGUUGUUGGAGCUCUUAGACGAGGAAAGCUUGAGAAAAGACACAGCACUUCCUUCUCCAGAGUGGUCCUCUGAUCAUAUAGCACUCUUAGCUGAGUUUCGCUGCAAGCCUAGAACUAGACGCUGACAAUGGAUGGGUAUGCAAUUUGUUUCUAUAUAUAUUUGCUUGUAGAAGCUCACCCUUCGCCGCUGUUGGUUGAGCAUUCGUCCAUUUAGGUUUUUGUUUUGUUACAAUGGUUCAUUUGGUGCAGGUCUUGCUUGAGGAUGAUUUGAAAAAUAGAAGCACAAACAAUCAAAAGGACAAAUAUAUGUCAUUGUAAGAA